AUGGCUUUGAGUUUCACACAUCAACCCACAAUCAAAACCAUUCUCCAAACUCAACCCUCUUCCUCCAUCCCCCCUUCGCCCCACUCCCUCCCCUUCCAUGAAACCCAAAAAUCACGUCGGUCACUAUCCCUCGUCGCCUCGGCAACGGCCGCUGCUCCGUCCGAGGUUUCCGCAAAGGUGUCAAGGGAGUACACUGUCAAGUCAGUGAAGGCGAGACAGAUCGUUGAUAGCAGAGGGAAUCCGACGGUGGAGGUUGAUCUGGUGACUGAUCAGCUUUACCGAUCGGGUGUGCCGAGUGGGGCUUCUACCGGAAUUUACGAGGCUUUGGAGCUUAGAGAUGGGGAUAAAAGUGUUUAUGGUGGGAAAGGUGUUCUUAAUGCUGUCAGCAAUAUUAAUGACAUUUUGGCUCCAAAGCUUGUUGGUGUCGAUGUUAGGAAUCAAGCUGAUGUUGAUGCUAUUAUGCUGGAAAUUGAUGGAACUCCUAACAAGUCAAAACUUGGCGCUAAUGCAAUAUUGGGAGUUUCGCUCAGUGUGUGUAGAGCUGGUGCUGGAGCAAAAGGAGUACCCUUGUACAAACAUAUUCAACAGAUUUCUGGAACAAAGGAACUUGUCAUGCCUGUUCCAGCUUUUAAUGUUAUAAACGGAGGCAGCCAUGCUGGUAAUAAUCUUGCUAUGCAAGAGUUUAUGAUUCUACCAGUUGGUGCUACUUCAUUUGCUGAGGCACUUCGCAUGGGCAGCGAAGUAUAUCAAGUGUUAAAGGGCAUAAUCAAGGCAAAAUAUGGACAAGAUGCUUGUAACGUUGGUGACGAAGGAGGAUUUGCUCCCAAUGUUCAGGAUAACAGAGAGGGACUUGUUUUACUAAUUGAUGCCAUUGAGAAGGCUGGUUAUACCGGAAAGAUUAAAAUUGGUAUGGAUGUAGCAGCUUCAGAGUUUUACACUAAGGACAGGAAAUAUGAUUUGAACUUCAAGAAACAACCAAAUGAUGGAACUCAUGUUCACUCUGCUGACAGUCUUGGUCAACUUUAUCAAGACUUUGUGAAAGAGUUUCCCAUUGUGUCGAUCGAGGAUCCUUUUGAUCAAGAUGAUUGGGGUUCAUGGGCCUCUCUACGCUCUUCGGUUGAUAUUCAACUUGUAGGAGAUGAUUUGUUAGUUACAAAUCCAAAGAGAAUAGCUGAAGCCAUUCAAAAGAAGGCUUGCAAUGGUUUAUUACUAAAGGUUAACCAGAUCGGCACAGUGACUGAAUCUAUUCAGGCUGCACUUGACGCAAAGGCUGCGGGUUGGGGCGUCAUGGUUAGUCAUCGGAGUGGUGAGACUGAGGAUAACUUUAUUGCUGAUCUUUCUGUUGGAUUGGCCAGUGGACAGAUAAAGACCGGUGCUCCAUGUAGAAGCGAACGGUUGGCAAAGUAUAACCAGCUUCUUCGAAUUGAAGAGGAACUUGGAACUGUGCGUUAUGCUGGUGAAGCUUUCAGAUCCCCCUAG